GUUCCGAACGGAGGAGCAAAUGAAGACGAUUGACGCGCGAGAUAUCAUGUAUGAGGAGAUACUGGUUUGCGAAAACAUCGGACGUUGCAGAGAAAAGUAACUGUCUUCAUGAAGUUUUAAGUGUGGCACGAACUCAGCUGCGAAGACCGGACACAGAUCCAGGAUGCCCAUUCCUCCCCCGCCCCCUCCACCCCCUGGGGGACCCCCUCCUGCCCCCACCUUAAGACAGGCAAAUACUACCCCUCCCAAGCUGACCCGGGAUGAAGCAAAGGGCAGAGGGGCAUUGCUCUCUGAUAUCUGUAAAGGGGCCAAGUUGAAGAACGUGGGUGUUGUCAAUGAUAGGAGUGCACCUAUGAUUGAGAAGCCGAAAGUAAGCAGUGGAUGCAUGUCCACCAGUGCAGGAAGUUCUGCACCAGUGCAGCCAGUGGGAGGGCUGUUUCAGGGUGGUGUCCCAAAAUUGCGACCUGUUGGAGUUGAACCGUAUGUUGCAGAUGGUUCCGUAGGCAGGUCUGCACUUCAUCCACCUGGCACUCGUUCAGCUGCUCCACGCCCACCUGGUGCCCACGACGAUACUGACAGUCCCUCUCAGCAAAACUCUCCUCCAGAGUCCAGCUGUUCCCAGAGACCGUCCCUGCCCGAUCUCUCCCGGUCCCCCGGUGGAGGCAGCAGCCCCUCUACAGGCAUGAAGCACAGCUCUUCUGCCCCCCCUCUUCCACCCCCCAUGUCUCGACGUGGAAACGCUCCGCCGGCUCCACCGCAGAAGGCUGCGGCAGCCUCGUACAACCGAGAAAAGCCCCUUCCGCCAACUCCAGGGCAGAGAGGACCCUCGCCUGCACCUGAGCGUGAAAAAGCACCUCCUCCGCCAGUGAAACCCCCUCCGUCUCCUUUGAGCAGCCGCUCCUCUUCGUCAUCCUCUUCCUCCCUGGCCCCGCCUCCACCUCCUUACCGUCAGCAGUCCGGGGUCUCAAAUGGCCCCUCCAGUCCUGUGAACGAGGCGGCCCCUGAGCUGCCCCAGCGGCACAACUCGCUCAGUAAGAAGCCUUCAGUGGGUGGACACACCCCAACACGUGGGCAUGCCCCCCCUCCCCCACCAUCACCCACCCCACAAGCUGGCAGACCCGCGCCUCCAGCACGAGAGCCUCCGGGACGGGGAGCAGCUCCUCCAGUUCCUGGACAGCCAUCUCGAAAUGGCCGGGAUGCUCUGCCGCCGCCACCUCCUUACCGAGGUAGCACCUCAGAUGUUCCCAGCCGAGGCAAGCCCCCUCCUCCCCCCUCCCGCACACCAGCCGGACCCCCACCCCCUCCCCCGCCCAUCCGCAAUGGACACACUUCCAUUUCUCGUUCCUUUGUAGAUGACUUCGAGUCCAAGUAUUCUUUUCAUCCUCUGGACGACUUUCCUCCUCCAGAAGAGUAUAGACACUUCACUAAGAUAUACCCAAGCAAAGCCAACAGAGUAAUGAGAGGAGCUCCUCCUUUACCACCUGUGGGAAGGUAAACACUGUGACCGGUCGCUUGUGCUGCAUCAGCGAUGAGGGUUCUUCACGCUGACCCAAACGUUCAUAAGCAGACAAUCUCACAUGCACAACUAAACUCACAAAGCCUGCACCUUAUUAACAACCAUUCCCCUUUGGAUAACAUUCCUUCACGUCAAAUGCAUCUCUCUCAUUACCACUUUUUGUCUUCGUGGACCAAGAGCGAGACUUACGGGAAGUGUUGCAUUCCACCACCAAUAACUUUUUCCUAGGUAGCAUUGCACAUUAGAUUUUACAUGCAUUGAGAGCUAGCAGAGCGUAAUGUCCAAACCUGGAUGUAGGUAGUGCGAAGCAAUUGAGAAGGAAACGGAAAAGCGGGUCCCAGAAAAAUGUCUUAACUACCACGUCAGGCAACAUAUUAAAGGAAUGGUUCACCUGAAAAUGGAUAUUCUGUUAUUUACUCACCCUCAUGCACCCAUAUGACUUUCAUUCCUCCAUGGCACACGUUGGGCAGAUUGCUAGGGACUGACAGCCACAGUCACUGAUCACUUUCAUUGCAUAAUUGUUUCAUACAUUGAAAUUAAAUGUUGACUGAGGCGAUCAUUCUGGUUUUGCACAGAAGAAAAAAAAAAAAGUCAAAACAGGUUCAGAACAUAAUGAGGGUGAGUGAAUGAUGACAGUAUUUACAUUUUUGGGUGAAAUAGCUCUUUAAAUGUUAGUUUUUUGUUUCUCUUUUAAUACACUACCCCAUGUUAUGCACUGUGAAUAUUGUUUGACACUCCGAGCAGAAUGCGUCUUGAGUGUAAACUGAACUGUAAAAACUAACUGCUUUAGAUGACGUACCCCUUUUUCAGGGAACAGCCAUUACCUUUAAGUUCUCUCAGGGGGUUUUUGGACUUCAUUACCCUCUCCAAAGGCAGAGAACGUUAAGAUUUGCAAACAAGAGUUAUGACAGGUCUAAAAGUGCCAAGAGAACACUACCAUUACCCAAACAGCAUGUCUCAAGUGCUUCAGUCACAAUGGACUAUUGAUUGUUAUAAAGAUAAACCAUGAGUCGAGCAGGUUUAAAGAAGUUAGUCACUACUUCUCACACUUUGUUCUGUAACCCUAUCUGCAAUGUGAAUGCUGGCUUUUGUGAUUGUUCCCUAUAAUAUUUCCCUGUUACACUUCUGGUUGGAAAAGCUUCAUCCUUUUCAUAAUGUAUGCUUUACCUUCGUGACCUGGUUGUAAGCAAAACUUCUGCUUUGCAUUUGUGACCUGGUUGUAAGCAAAACUUCUGCUUUACAUUUGUGACCUGGUUGAGAGCAGACCUUGUCCAUGUGUGGCCUGUGGACUGGUUUUGUAAGGCAGCAUGGCAUACAAGACUGUCUUUGUAUCCUGAGGGAGAGUCACUGGACUUUAAACAACCUUUACUGAAACUAAAUAUUGAGUAUCAACACUAAUGGUUUAUCGAUUCUUGUAACUUUUCAAACUAAUUUGUCAAGUUCAAUGCAUGCUGCUGUUUGGGACAGAUCUCCAAUGAAGAAGUUGGGCAUAUUUGCAUGUAAAGCUGCACACUGCUUUCUGUAUUGCAUUCUUUCUGGGUUGUUUAUUUUAUUUUUUAUUCAUAAUGCAUCUGCCUUUCGGAUGACAGGACCAUAACAAAGCGUUCUGGAAUUGUUUUUUUAUUCUAUGUAGUAUUGUUGCAGAUAUAUGGUAACAACCUUUACCAGUCAUUUCAAACCCUAAUCGCACAAUUAUCAUUGUUUUUCGAGAUGGCUCACCUAUAAAUUAACAUUCUGUCAUUCACUCACCCUCAUGUCAUUCUAAGUGUGCUUGACUUUAUUUCUCUAUUGAACACAAAAGGAGAUGUUUGACAGAAUAUAGGGACUGACAGCGUUAGUCACCAUUCAUUUUCAUCAUAUGGCACAAAGAUGCCUUUAAAGUGAGUGGCGACUGAGGCUGUCAGUCCCUAACUUUCUACUUUUUGUGUUUGCGAUUGCACAUCUAGGGGUGAGUAAAUGAUAUACGAAUUUUCAUUUUUGAAAGAAGCAAAUCAUUUGUCAAAUCACUGAUGACCGCUUCCCAGCUUAUCUUUCUUUGGGGCUGGAUUUGUUUAGUGGCAAAUUGCUAGAUCUUGCUGUUUAUAAAUUCCAUGGUAAUUCAUUCUCCAUCUGAACUCGAGAGAUGGACUACCAACAUUUUACCAUGCUUUUUUGAAAGAGUGUCAUGGAGUCUGUCAUCGGCUCUAAUAUCUAGCUGAUAUGGAAAAUUAUGCAACAUUUCAGUCCUGCAGAAAUCUUACUUUCUCAUAAAUGGACAAUAGAUGAGAUACAACACUGCAGAAACAUUGCCCCUUUUAACUUCUCUGUCUUUAUGCCUUAUAUUUACUAAUUAACGUCUCGGUACAGGGUUUGAAAGAAAAUAAGUUACAUGAAUGAAACAUUUGUGUAUUUACAGUAAAUAGCAAGAUAUGGUAGUGAUAUUAGGUAUUAAUCUAUUUUUACGUUGUAAAAAGCGUGUAAUAUAGUGAAUCAUUUCAGGCAAACAUGAAUAAUUUAGGCUUCAACUGAAGUCACUGACUAGUCAUCGUUUGACGGUGUGUAUGUCCUCAUACCCCAAUACGGUUGAGGAAAGGUUUCUUAGAUUAUACUUGUCCUUAAUCGCCUACUGUACGCCAGCAGGGGUCAGUUUACACGUCAUCCCUUGCUCACAUUGAGAGAGAGAUUCUUGUCAUUGCCACCAUUUCAUGCUUAACUGAAGCCUGUCAAAACUUGUUGGUCUGUUGAUCGACCAGUUGAAAUAAAGCUUAGAAAAAUGACCUCAAUGGGUACUACUCUUUUGUAUAAAGUUGAACACAAUAGGAUAUUUCCUCGUGUCGGUUGAUGCAAUCACAAUUGGUCAGGUGAGACAGAUCACCAUUUACACCUAGUACUAAUAUCCACCUUUUUCCUGACUUCUCUAUGGGUGUCGCCAUUACGGCGAGAGACUUCCGCUUAGUUGUUGCUGGAUGAAUAUGAGCUGUUAUAGGGAGUUAACAACUACACAUGGCUUAAAAACUACUGUAAAAUGAAUGUCACAACAAUAAGCCCCCACAAAAGCUGUCAAUGCUGAAACAUUUCGAGUCAAACCAGAUGUAAUAAUCAGAGGUUGCAUUAAACUAAUUCUCUGUCACUUGCCUAUUUUUUAAAACAUUGACAGAUAUUUCCAAAUGAUGUCUGUCAUUUUGGAAGAUAUCAAAGAUGAAAAACAUUUAAGCCAAGGUCCGUGUUUUUUGUAUUAAUCAUAUCUUUACGAGGUUCAUAUCUCCCACUGUGAGUGUAUGUGAAUGAGGGAGAGACAGAGUUGAAGGCGGCACUUGUGAAUGCAGAAAUAAUGCCAUCUAGCGCAUCAUAUUUGUGGUUUCUCUCUCUCUCUCUCUAUUUUUCUCUAUUAACCAACAUCUUAUGGAGUUUUGAGUUCCUUACCACAGUUGCCUUCAGCUUGCUCACUGGGGUUCUAAAUACAACUAUUAUUUAUUUAUUUUUAUAAACAAUUUACAAUCAUAUUUAAUCAUACUACACAGUGGUGACUCUAAGACUUUAUAGAUAUUACAGUUUCAUUUUCUGUUAAAGCAUGAUUUUCUGUAAUGCUGACAAACUCCCAUAUCAUGACAUACACUGACUUUUGGACCUGACGCUGAAAAGCGCUUCCUCUUUGGCACGGAGAACUGCUGUUUUUUCCAAAAACUAUUUGAAACGUGGACUCGUGAGACCUACUUUCCAUCUCAUAUGAGAUGAGCCCAGAGAAGUCAGUGGUGCUUUUGGACAGUGUUGAUGUAUGGCUUCUGCUUUGUAUAGUAAAACCUUAACUUGCAUCUGUGGAUGCAACAGCGAAUGGUGUUGACUGACAAUGGUUUACCGAAGUAUUCCCAAGCCCUUAUCAUGAUAUCCAUUACAGAUGUAUGACGCUUUUUAAUACAGUGACAUCUGAGGGAUCGUUGAUCAUGCGCAUUCAGAAGUGCAUUUCGGCCUUGCCCUUUACACAUUGACAUUUGACCAGAUUCCAAUAUUAUAACUAUAUUGUGCACUGCAGAUGGUGAAAUGCCCAAAAUCCUUCCAGUUUUUUUGGGGGGGACAUAUUUUUUUCUUUUUUUUUUAAAAGCGCUGGAUUAUUUGUUGAUGCAUCUGUUGGCAAAUUGGCAAGCCUCAGCCCAUUCUUGCUCUUGAAGGACUAGGCUCUUUUUCUAGGCUGCUUUUAUACUAUAACACGAUUGCCUCACCUGUUUAACUUCACCUUGUUAUUUCAAUUCAUCAGAUUGUUAUUAGUUCUAAAUUUUUGGAGCAUGUUGCAAUCAUCUGAUUUAAAAAUGAGUGUAUAUUUUCGAAAAAUAAAUAAAUAAAAUACAAUUCAGCACAGGGAGAAUCAAAUUUACAAAUCACUCCUUUUCGUUUAAUUUGCAUUUUCCAUAUUGUCCCAACUUUUUUGGAAUUGUGGUUGUAUAUGAUGGAAUAACAACAGCCGCUAAAAUAGUUUACUCUGGAUUCGUCAAAUCAGCGCAAUUUAACCACAAGGAACAACUUUCUUGCUAUAUAUGCUUGCUAUAUAUAUAUAUAUAUAUAUAUAUGACAGUUGAGCUGCCCGACUAGCAGUUCUUUGCAGUUUUUUAAAACAGUGUUUUGAAUGUGACAUCUUAGCUCUAAAGGCAUUAUGGUAUAGUACAGUGUCCAGUUGAUGCGCACUUCAGAAUCUCACUGGAUGUAGUAGGUCAUCGAGAUACUUCUCGUCUACUCUUUUAUAAAUGCUGAUGAGUCGCACACCCUUCUCCAUUGGCAUACUCUUUUUGUCAUACUAUAUUGUAGGGAAGCAUGCAUAUUUGGACUCAGUCCUAGAUUUUAAUUAUGGAGUAAUCAGAUUAAACCAAUCCAAGUGGACUGAUAUCCAAAAGGUUUAAUGUCCAGACUCAUGUUCAAGGUGUACAUCUAGCAGUGGUGUAGUCAAGACCAGACCCUCCAAGACCCAGACCAAGACUAGACCCCUUGAGACCAAGACCAAGACUAGGCCCUCCAAGACCACAUUUAUAUGGUCUCAAGAUGUCUUGAGACCAAGACCACAAGAUCAAGACCCCACCUCUGAAUAAUACCCCUGUUCAUUAAAAAAUCAAAUAUUGUAAUAUGAUAAGAAUUGUCAUUUUCAUUUAAAAGGUGGCUGGCCUAAAUUGCUUUGUGAUGAUAGUCAUCACUAGUAUGAAAUCAAAUAUCAUUUCACAUAAUUUCAUUUUAUAGAGUUUGCAGAUUGGUAGGCAUGGUUAUUUACUUUAAUAUUGUUAUAUGUUAAAGAAAGUUAGCUGUCUAGCAAAUAGGAAAUAAUAUAAAAAAAACAUGUCAAAGACAAUGUGACUAACUUAUCUAUUGAAUUAUGAUGAUGUACCACGUGCUUCACUUAAUGUGUGACAUAUUUUGCAGGUUGCUCUCCGUUUCUUAUUUUGAGAAUCAUCUUCAGAAUUUUCAAAUGCAAAUUUUACCACUGCAGGCUCUGACAUUUUCCAGACUGCUAUAUAGAGAAAACAGUCCAGUUUUACGAGAUGCCUUCGUAAUCCAAAUAUAUAUAAAAUAAUACAACUAAAGUGAAGUGACUUGAGUUGGCUAGUGCACAACAAUUGAAGUCUGCAUGGCAUUAGUCUGAUUUUCACUGCAUGUACACUAAUAAUUAUGUAUACUAUUAAACUAUUCAAACAACUAUGCAUAAAGUUAUGCACUGAAAAUAACAGUGAAGAAACAAAGCAAGAAAAAUGCUGAUGUGAAAUAUAUCAAAUAUUAUUUUCAUAAUAACUGAAAAUUAUAUUUUGAAAGAACUGAUUGAAAUUAGUCUGAAUUCCCAAAAGCAUGGUUAAUUGAGAAAUGUGUUUCAUAUGCAUUAUUAUUGUAACAAAAUAAUACUGUUUAUUUAAUUUUUUUUAAAUCACAGACAUGUCAGCUGAGUGCAGAGGCGUUUAAGUCCCCAGCUCAGCCUUUGCUCACAGACUGAGUUCUGUACGUGCUUACUGUCGCACUCUCAAGCAAGGAGUAAAAACGAUGUAAAUAAGACAUUUAUUGUGCAAUUACUACAGCUUUAUUGAUUAUAAUGAGAGUUUUGGGGAGAGUGCAGAACUCAGUGAGCUUGCGUUUAACUAAAGUGAUUGACAGCUUCAGUGAUUAUAAAUGGAGCACGUUUUGCUCGCUUUCUGUAUAUAAUUUAAUCACAAUUUAAAUACGUUUUAUUUCAUGCUGCCAAGAAGAGGAACAGUGUAAAGUUGUCCGUUUGGUCACUGUCUUAAUAUAGGCUACUAAUGAAUAAAUAGUAUGAACUAGGAACACAGUUCUCAACUUGUUUGGGAUGUGUAGCUGCAUAAAUAUGGCAUGCAAUAAAAUUAUAGUAAUAGAUCUUAUUAAUAGCGAUUACAAUAUCAGGGGAAAAAAUCUUUAAUUAUUAGUCAUAAUCAUUCACCCCUACUAAAGAACACCUUGCAAACUUAUUGGGUCAUGCGAUUACUCCGAGUGAAGUCACGGCUUCUACAUGGCAGAUGUAAUCAUAAAUCAUUCAUGUUUGCCUUGUGUUGUUAAACCAUAGUUUUUGCACUUUCAUUCAUGUGGUGAGAGAUGGUGCUUGCUGACACAUGCGGUAUGACUGUGCUUGCAAAUUCUCAGCAAUGGUAAAGAUGCAGCGCCAAUUAAUGGCUGAAAUAAUAAUCACAUUUAGUGCACUGGUAAAUACACAGUGGUCUUGACCAUCAAGAGUAUAGGCUGAGACCGAGACGCAGACCAUGACCACGUUUAAAUAUGGUCUCGAGACGUCUUGAGACCAAGACCACAAGAUCAAGACCCCAUGAGAGGCUGUGUUUUUAACUGUAGGGGUAUGCUGUUGCAUAAGGUAGAAACUAUGUGCGAGUACAGGCUUAGGUUUUAUAGUUGUUUUAUAACUCACUCGUCCAAUCAGAUUUUAGAAUUGGAAUUUUUUUUUUUUUUUUUUUUCAAAACAAAAUUUGUACCUGUAAUUCUAGAGUUCUAUCAAAAGAGAGCACUGAGCUAUGAGCUGAACAACUUUCAAAAUCACCUGUUUCAGAUUUGGCCACUCCCUCAGUAUAGUUUCAUAGUGUUUUUAUAUGAUCUGUUCACAUAAAUGUAGCUCCUAAAUAUACCAUUUCAUUUCCUGCAAGGGGACAAUAUCUUGACUAUGAUUUCACUGCAAAACCUGAUAGGUCUUUUUUCCAACUUCUUAUGUAAUUGGUGCCUCAAACAUGGGAGGGACUUGAGUAACAGGUAUUGGUGUACCUUUCUAAAAACCCAUGGGCAGCGAAAUGUUCUGAUAGACUACAAAGACAGAGAAAACAACACCUGCACUGUGAACUUCAUCUUGGAAAGACAACAGAUGACAACUACUAAAACAACAAAACAAGUGGCAACAGUGAAGAGACAAUCCAGACACCAUUAUUUUGAUCUGGAUGUGGCCUUUUGGAUAUAGUUUUGGCUUUGGAACCUGCAGUUCGGCUUUUAAUAUUCAAGGCUGCCGUUUAACAGAUGACAAAGAUAUGUAUAACCAAGCACAUGGUGUAUGGUUUCAUCAGAGAUAUCAAGUGGGAUUUAUCUAAUAUGCCGAAACUACCUCGACCAGCAUUUCAGAAAUGGAUAUGGAUGAAUAUGGAGUCUCCAGCCAAUUCACCACAAAUUCCCUAGCUGAAGGAUCUGUUUAAUUUGACUUCAAGUUAUCGUCGGGAUUCUGAUGUCCAGGUACCUUACGGUUGGCUCUCAGAGGCCACAAUUGAGGAGAAAAAAAAAAAAAAAAAAAAAAAAAAAAAAAUAUACAA